UAAAAAAAUGGCGACAUCCAUGCACGUGAAAACCAAAGGAAAGUGGAAACCAGUGAAAAUUGACUAUAAUCUCUUGUCUCAAAAUGAUUUCGAUUCUUUAAUUUCAAUAGAAGAACUAACGGAUUACGAACUUAUUAAAGACUAUACGUCUGGAAACCCUGGAAAAUCAAAAAAGAAACAGAAAUCUAAAGAUGAGGAUUGUAUAGAAAAGGAAACUGAAGUUAAGAAACAGAAUGAAGCAAAAGCUAUUAAGAAAGAAAAGAAAAAGAAAGGGAAAAGAGAAUUGUCCUUGACUAAUGAAAAGAAUUUGAAAAGAGAUCAAAAGGAAUUGCAUAUAAAACAAGACACAAAAAAGAAGAAAAAAGGAGAGUUAAAGAAGAAUAAACAAGGGAAAUUGAUACACAUUGACUCUCAGAUAGUAGAUGUUAAUCAACAGAUUGAAGAAGAGGACAAGAAAGAACACAGUAACAAACAGGGAAAGAAAAAGAAAGGACAGAAGAGAAAGCAGACAACUGAAGAUAACUCUCCAAGUAAGAAGUUAAAACAAACCAUACCGGAUACAGCUUCUGAAGAAACUAGUACCGACAAAACAGCUUCUGUAAUUCCUAAUAAGAAAGAUGUUAUCAAAGAAAUGGUUUUAUGGAAGGAUUUAUAUGUACCAGAAGAGGUACUACUGGCUUUACGUGAUAAUAAAUUUACCACUCCUACACAUAUACAGUUACUGACACUACCCCAUGCCAUCAGAGACAGACUAGAUAUAGUUGGUGCUGCUGAAACUGGAAGUGGUAAGACAUUGGCCUUUGGAAUACCGGUCAUUCAUAAAAUAUUGAAAUACAAACAAGAGCAAAUAAAUAAAGAUAUACAAACUGAUAGUGAUGAAAAAGUUAAUGAGACAGAGGAAAUAAGUAUAAACGAAAAUUUAGAGGAAGGAAUUGAGGAAGACGAAAGUAAUGAAUCUGAAGACUUCCAUAGUGAUAGUGAAGAUGAACUUGAGUGGGAAAGUGAUGAAGAAAAUGAAGCUAGCAAUUCUGAUGAGAGUCUGGCUGACGAAAAUGAAGAUAGUGAUUUUGAAGAUAGUUUUACUGAAGAAGACAAAGAAAUGCAGGAGAAUUCAGAUGACCAGCAGGAGAUGGGAUGUGUGACUGUGGUAGAUGAUGCAGACUUUUCAUCAUUAGGUAUUACAGAGAUUAAACCGUCUACAAAUGACCAUCCAUUGGCUCUGAUUUUAGAACCAACAAGAGAACUGGCAGUUCAAGUCAAAAACCAUUUACUGGCUGUUCUUAAAUAUACUGAUCUACAGGUGGCAACAUUAGUUGGAGGAAUGUCAUUACAGAAACAACAACGAGUUUUGAAGAGACGACCAGAGAUUCUAGUGGCUACACCAGGGAGAUUGUGGGAGUUGUUUCGAAUGGGUGAUCCAUAUUUGGUAAACAUUGAUCGUAUCCACAGCUUGGUGAUUGAUGAAGCUGAUAGAAUGGUAGAAAAGGGACAUUUUGAGGAAUUGGAGAAGCUCUGUCAACAUAUUAAUAAGGACGAGCAAAAGAGAAAAAAGCGACAAAAUUUUGUAUAUUCAGCAACUUUGACAAUGAUUCAUGUUGGAUCAUAUCGACCUACGAAGAAAAAAAGAGUCAAAAUGACAGAGACAGAAAAACUGGAAUCUCUGAUUGAGAGGAUAGGACUGAGACAUAAGCCUAAAGUGAUUGAUUUAUCAAGGAAGACAGGCACUGUAGAAACCUUAACAGAGGCCAGGAUUAACUGUACCAAAGAGGAAAAGGACCUUUUUCUCUACUAUUUCCUGCAGCAGUUUCCUGGUAGAACUUUAGUGUUUGCAAACAGUAAAGAUUGUAUUCGAAGACUGGUGUCGAUUUUUACUCUGUUACAAACUUCACCACUGCCUUUACAUGCUGACAUGCACCAGAAACAAAGAUUAAAAAAUCUAGAGAAGUUCACAGCUAAUCCUAACAGUUUGUUAUUAGCAUCAGAUGUAGCAGCUAGAGGAUUAGAUAUACCAAAUGUUCAACAUGUUAUACACUAUCAAGUACCACUGACAGUUGAGAAUUAUGUACAUAGAAGUGGUAGAACAGCUCGAGCCAGCAAGGAAGGAAUUAGUGUUAUGUUGAUAGGACCAGAUGAUGUUAAAAACUACAGGAAAAUUAUACACACUCUUAAUAGAAGUGAAGACCUACCCAUGAUUCCAGUGGAUCAUCAAAUGCUCCCUUCUUUGAAGCAAAGAUUAAGUUUAGCAUUAAAGAUAGACGUCACUGAUUAUAGAUUUGAAAAGAAGAAAAGACAGAAUAAUUGGUUUAUAAAAGCAGCCAAUGAAAUGGACAUUGAACUAGAUGAUCGACAUUUAUUGAAUGAUAUAGGGGACAGUCAACAGCAAUCUCAACAUAAACAUCAUAUGAAACAACUGAAACAGGAAUUAAAUUCUCUGCUGCAUUCGACAUUGACCUCAAAGACGUUUUCUGGCAAAUACCCAACAAAAACUGGGAAGCUAUUGUUGCCUGAGGAGACAAAAAAAGGAAGUGAUGCUAUUUCGUCUGUGAAAAAAGAUAAGAAAUCACAAGAGAAGCUAAUACAACAGAUACAGAAGGAAAGGAUAUUAAUGUCAAAGGCAAUGGACAAUAAAAAGAAAGAAAAACAAUCUAAAAGACAAAAAAAGAAAAAUAAAAGAAAAAAUAAAGAAGUUUAAACAAA